AUGUAUGAGGACUCUCAAAAAACAAUACCUCACCCAAGAAACAAGUUCCAGAGAUUCGUCUUUGACUUGGUUACAAGUCAAGCUUUUAAUAUCAUCAUUAUGGUUCUUAUCUGUUUCCAAGCAAUAACCCUUAUGAUUCAAAGUGAUGAACAGAGUAGCCAAAUGGAUUCCGCUGUCAUCUGGCUUCAGCUACUUUUUGUUAUUCUAUACACUGGAGAAUGUGUGCUGAAGCUCAUUGCUUUCCGUUGUAACUAUUUCACCAGUGGAUGGAACAUUUUAGAUUUUAUAGUGGUCAUUUUCUCUAUUACAGGACUACUUCUGCCUCUGCUAGGAGAAUACUACUUUAUACCUCCUUCUGUCCUGCAACUGAUAGUUCUCUCCCGGAUCGUCCACAUCCUGCGUCCUGGGAGAGGACCAAACGUGUUCCAUGAGCUGCUGCUCCCUCUGGUGCUCUUCUUCCCCACACUGCUGAACAUCAGCCUCCUCAUCUUCCUGGUCAUGUUCAUCUACGCCAUCUUCGGAAUGUACAAUUUUGCCUAUGUUAAAAAGGAAGCUGGGAUUAACGAUGUGUCCAACUUUGAAACCUUUGGCAGCAGUAUGCUCUGUCUUUUCCAAGUUACAAUAUUUGCUGGUUGGGAUGGGAUGCUCAAUGCAAUUUUUAACAGUAAAUGGUCUGACUGUGAUCCCGAUAAAAUUAACCCUGGGACCCAAGUGAGAGGAGAUUGUGGUAAUCCCAUUGUCGGAAUUAUUUAUUUUGUCAGCUACAUCCUCCUAGCAUGGCUGAUCAUUGUCAACAUGUACAUUGCUUUUAUUAUGGAGUUUGUAAAUAUUGGCUCUAAAAAAAGAGCCAAGACCUUGAGUGAAGAUGAUUUUAGGAAAUUCUUUCAGGUAUGGAAGAGGUUUGACCCUGAGGGGACCCAGUACAUAGAUUCUAGCAAGCUCUCAGAUUUUGCAGCUGCUCUGGAUGCUCCUCUUUUCAUGGCAAAACCAAACAAGGGCCAGCUAGUGGCCAUGGAUCUUCCAAUGGCUGUGGGGGACAGAAUUCAUUGCCUGGACAUCUUACUUGCUUUUACAAAGAGAGUUGUUGGUAAAGAUGUGAGGAUGGAGAAACUUCUUUCAGAGAUGGAAUCGGGGUUUAUUUUAGCUAACCCUUUUAAGAUCACAUAUGAGCCCAUUACAACUACCCUGAAACGAAAACAAGAGGCUGUCUCGGCAACCAUCAUCCAGCGUGCUUAUAAAAGUUACCGUUUGAGGCAGAGUGACAAAAAAACAUCAGAUAUCCAUAUGAUAGAUGAUGACAGGGAAGCUCAAGCAACCAAAGAAGAUGCCUAA